AUGCCAGCCCUGCCUGUUGCGCUUACCCGCGCUUGUCCGGGUGGUAACCAGGGACAGAAUACGCGCGGCUGGUGCGCGCCGGUCUGGGAGCAGGUCAACCAGGUCGCCGUGACCCCCGUCGGGCCCACCAUUUACUCGUACGUCCGCCUGGCGUGCAAGUUCUGCCGCCACCCAUUUCCCAACCCUCCCCCAAGUUGGGUUCCACCUCAGCCGACUCGCUGGCCGCAGGGCGGGCCGGGUGGUGGACAGCAUCGCUAG